UCUGCGGUUUGGGUGAUGCUCUAAACAGGAUGUGGUUUUCGCGACACUUGCUUGCGCUUCCUCUAAACCUUCGAUCAGAACAUUCAGAGCAGAAAUGGUGCAGGAGGAGUUAGUGCAACGCUCUUCACGUCAAGGCUGGUGAUCAUUUCUGUAACACAACUGCUUCCUCUACCCGACCACUUCCUUUACACAUCGAAUUUCUCUUCUAAUCUGCACAACGUCGGUGGGGAGCGCCGAGCCACCGCUGGAAGGUAUGGGCCGCUCCUGGUGGGCUUGGUGACUCCAUCGCCCAACGUCAACGGGCCGGAAAUCUGAAGUCUUCCGCCAUGUCCCGAGCCAUGAAGGCCAAGCAGAAGGUGAAGAAGAAGAUCGUGAAGGACAAAGUCUUUGGGUGCGAUUUGAUGGAGCAUCUCCAACUCUCAGGCCACGAAGUUCCUCAGGUUCUGAAAAGCUGCACGGAAUUCGUAGAAGAACACGGCAUUGUGGACGGCAUUUAUCGGUUGUGUGGCAUUUCCUCCAAUGUUCAGAAAUUACGACAAGAGUUUGAUUUGGAGCGACUUCCAGAUCUAAAUAAGAGUCCUUACCUACAGGAUGUGCACUGCGUCAGCUCCCUGUGCAAGGCCUACUUCCGAGAACUGCCCAACCCGCUGCUCACCUACCAACUCUAUGACAAGUUUGCUGAUGCGGUGGCCAUACAACUGGAAGAACAACGUUUAAUAAAGAUCAGAGACGUGUUGAAGGAGCUUCCUCUUCCCCAUUACAGGACUCUGGAGUAUCUCAUGAAACAUCUGAUCCAUGUGGCUUCAUUCAGCGCACAAACCAACAUGCAUACCAGGAACCUGGCCAUCGUGUGGGCACCAAAUCUUCUGAGGUCCAAGGACAUCGAGUCAUCUGGGUUUAAUGGCACGGCAGCCUUCAUGGAGGUCCGAGUCCAGUCUAUUGUGGUGGAAUUUAUUCUGACCCACGUGGAGCAGUUAUUUGGAAUUGUCUCCGGUGAUGGAAACCUGAACAGCCCCUCAGCCACGACAAACUGGUCAGCGUGUGUUCCUGAGGACUAUUAUCGCUCUUUAUCAUACAACCUACCAAGCAUGUUGAACCACGGUGAUGGGCCUCCACAGAUACGACCAUACCACACAAUCAUAGAGUUCUCAGAUCAUAAGAGAAAAGGCUCUUUAAAAGCCAAGAAAUGGAAAUCCAUCUUCAACCUCGGCCGAUCGAAUAACGACUCCAAGCGCAAGACAACGAAGCAGGAUGAGAAAGAUGAAGACAAAAUGAACCUGCGGCCAGCAAAAAGCAUGGAUUCCCUCAGCUCUGUCCCAUACACAGCGGAUGCUAAUGAUUUGGAGCAGCGAGGCCUGACAAGAAGAUCGGCCAAACAUCAAGUUCCUUUUCGAAGAGAAAGUCUCUGGGCCGAGUCCAAAAAGGACGAAGCUGGUUAUGAAUUUUCCGGUGCAGUCGAGCAGGCUCAGCCGGGGGAAUCCCACGAUGGAGACUACGAGGAAGAAGGCCAGGCCAAAUCAGAACCAACAACACCAAAAUCAGGAAGGGCUUCCAUGGUGACAACUCCACAAGGCCGAUCACCCAAGAACAAUCGUAACCGAGCAGAGAAAUGUGUUGGAGUCCACAUCUCCGGACCCUUCUCCGUAACACUGCCCUUCCACAUCACAUCCAACCUUUCUCGGCUGACCAGAGGGAUGGAGUGCCCAAGUCUCAGCUAUUCCUCCUUCCACAGGAGCUCCGAGAGGCUCUUCUCCCUAGAUGGAAACCUCUUCAUGGGCAGCAGUGACACCGACAAAGUCAGACUCACUAUGAUGUCUCACAUUGACAAGGAGAACAGCGAGCCUAAAGAAUCCACAAUUGAAGAAGAGAGUGAGCAGAAAACUGAGACACAUCGAAUGUCACUGGAGGUCCAAGACACCUUCUCUUUCCUGGACAGCCAAGACACAAAUCUCGAUGAGACAAAAUCUGUCUGUAAAGCUGCGGAGGAGAAACCUAUAGAGAGAACAGAGGAAUACUCUGCGGAGGAGAAACCUAUAGAGAGAACAGAGGAAUACUCUGCGGAGGAGAAACCUAUAGAGAGAACAGAGGAAUACUCUGCGGAGGAGAACCCCACAGAGCGAAUAGCAGAAUACUCUGCGGAGGAGAACCCCACAGAGCGAAUAGCAGAAUACUCUGCGGAGGAGAACCCCACAGAGCGAAUAGCAGAAUACUCUGCGGACAGCGAAAUGCUACAAUAUGAUCUUCAACACAACAUUCAGAUGGAGGAGUUUUCUGUGGAGCCGCCCCAGGAUGAUCCCUGUACAGAAGAUGAGUUGGAUCAGAUGUACUUCACUCCGGCAGGCUGCUUGGACAGUGAGGACCCAUUGAGGGCCUGGCAUGACAGCUUGGAAGAUGUUUAUCUAAGUGCUUAUGAUGACCUGAGCCCCUUAUCUGAGAAAUCGAAUGAUCUUUAUGGGCUGGAGGAAGGGAAUACUGAGCAUGGAGAGAAAGAACAAAGCAAGAGGCCCAAGGAGAAGGAAAGGAUGGAGGAGAAGACGUCUGAUGGACCUCCUGACACAACCACAGAUGGACAGGAAAAAGCUCUGUGUGAAGACAAUCCAGGCAAGGAGACAGCGGAGAGCUCCAAUGCUGGAGAUGUAACUCCAGGCCCCAAUCUGGAGGACAAAGACAGUGUGGAGGAGAAGGGCCAGGAGGAAAUCUCUGUCCUUCUCAAACUACAAGAUGGCGCCAUUGGCAGAAAGGAUGAUAUGCUGGAGUUAGAAGCAAUGUUAUUACAUUUAUGUUCUCCAGAUUUACUUCUCCCUGAACAUUACAGCAAGGACAUUCCACUGGUGGUUGAGUUUAAUAAUAAAGACUUGGAUUGCCCAGAACAGCAGGAGCUUGAUCUAUACAGUCAGGAAGUGCUACUGAUGAAUCAACCAACCGUAAUUAACCUGGAUCUGGCAGAUGUACGGGAUCUUCAAUAUCAUGACAGUGAUGUCCCUCUAGUACUGGAUCUUCAAUAUAAUGACGGUGAUGUCCCUCUGGUACAGGAUCCUCAAUGUCAUGGUAGUGAUGUCCCUCUGGUACCGGAUCCUCAAUGUCAUGGUAGUGAUGUCCCUCUGGUACAGGAUCCUCAAUGUCAUGGUAGUGAUGUCCCUCUGGUACAGGAUCCUCAAUGUCAUGGUAGUGAUGCCCCUCUGGUACCGGAUCCUCAAUGUCAUGGUAGUGAUGCCCCUCUGGUACCAGAUCCUCAAUGUCAUGGUAGUGAUGCCCCUCUGGUACCGGAUCCUCAAUGUCAUGGUAGUGAUGUCCCUCUGGUACCGGAUCCUCAAUGUCAUGGUAGUGAUGUCCCUUUGGUACCAGAUCUUCAAUGUCAUGGUAGUGAUGUCCCUCUGGUACCGGAUCCUCAAUGUCAUGGUAGUGAUGUCCCUCUGGUACCAGAUCCUCAAUGUCAUGACAAUGAUGUCCCUCUGGUACAGGAUCCUCAAUGUCAUGGUAGUGAUGUCCCUCUGGUACCGGAUCCUCAAUGUCAUGGUAGUGAUGCCCCUCUGGUACAGGAUCCUCAAUGUCAUGGUAGUGAUGUCCCUCUGGUACCGGAUCCUCAAUGUCAUGGUAGUGAUGUCCCUCUGGUACAGGAUCCUCAAUGUCAUGGUAGUGAUGUCCCUCUGGUACAGGAUCCUCAAUGUCAUGGUAGUGAUGCCCCUCUGGUACCGGAUCCUCAAUGUCAUGGUAGUGAUGCCCCUCUGGUACCAGAUCCUCAAUGUCAUGGUAGUGAUGUCCCUCUGGUACAGGAUCCUCAAUGUCAUGGUAGUGAUGUCCCUCUGGUACCGGAUCCUCAAUGUCAUGGUAGUGAUGUCCCUUUGGUACCAGAUCCUCAAUGUCAUGGUAGUGAUGUCCCUCUGGUACCGGAUCCUCAAUGUCAUGGUAGUGAUGUCCCUCUGGUACAUGAGUUUACAUUGAAGAACUUGGACUCUCCUAAACAUCAUGACAAAGAUGACAUUUUGCUGGAAAAAAACAUGGAUCCCGACUCUGAGAAAGUCCGGCUUGGCUUGGAAUGUGCCGAAGAUUUGAAUAUUGUAGAGGAUAAUUUGUCUCCAAAGACUACUGAGAAUAUAGAAGAACCUCCAUGCCGCCCAUCAGACACCCCCAUAUACAAUAAUCCUCAGCCAACAGCGGAAAUAGUAUUUCCUGAAACAGCCGAGGAUCUACAUCAGGAAAAUGAAGCAAGUUCUUGGGAAGAAGAUGGAUCCACUAUUGGGAACCAAUUGCAGGACAGUGAAAGCUCACUAUGUGACCUUGGCUCACCCCAUGAGAUGAUACAAAAAGACGGUUUGUCGGAUACAGUAACUAUGACCCUCCAGGUAUAUGAUCCGGUUUCAGGUACUCCUCACCAUAGAUCACAUCAACCCCAACUACUAAACAGCCAAAUCUCUUCUUUCAAAGAGCAGCAACCAUCAAACUCCACCAAGUCUCCAGCCAGAUCGAAAAGCUCAGGAUCCUCAAGUAUGAACCCAGAUGGAAGUGUCACCAUGAAACUGUCUGUCAGCCCAAAUAAGGUUCAGCAUGUCAAAUCUGUCCCAGUGGUGCCACCAAAACCCCAGUUUGCCAAGCUGCCCCCAGCUCUUAAGAGUAAAUUUCAUGCUAGUUCCUUAUUAUCCACAACCAGAGAUACACCCAAGUCCUCAAAACCAGACAAAGCUGUUGGCUCAGAGCCUGCAGAAUCAGGAAUUGACUGCACCCCAAAAAGGAGAAGCAGCUGGAGGAACGCCACCAGUGUGUCUUUCGAUACGGCAAUGGCUCUAGCCAAAGAUCGUCAGCAGUCCCAAAACCCAGUUAGGCGCAUGCAAACAUAUUGCAUUGGAGAUUCUUUUGAUGUCAUGGACUCUAAGAUGGAAAACUCACCCAACUUUCCCAAAUUUACUAUAAAGGCCGCCAGCAGCAGAACACACCGGCCACUUAGCUGUAUGUCUUCUGCCGAAGCCGAAUUUAGAGGAAAUAACUUUCUACAGGAAGAUCUGUCCAUACACGGAGCCCAAUCUCAGUCCCAGCAGGAAGUCUACACCAAGGAAUUUCCCCAGAGGAACCGCCUUAGCAUACCAAGGAUAGGCCAACAGUCCACCGACGAUGUCCACAACAUACACGCAGCUUGUCACCAACGCCGCUCCCUGCUCUGAAUAUCAUGUGACUGCUCCCAUCCAAUGAGCCUGCAACCCAAUUCAUGGAGGAAUACAGGAUCUUGUAAUAUGAGGGUCGUGUUGUGCAAAUGGUGAGGGAGCCGGGAUGUUCCUUUUAUUUUACGAAAGAACUUCCAUCAUUCUAUGUACAUUCUGUGAAGGAACGUCACCUUUACAUGAUGGAAUACCAUGCAGGACACGUGUAUGGAUGAGCCCGGCUCAUAGAACUACCUGGAAGUGGGCGGAGCCUGAACACAAAACGCCUACUAUCCAAUAACAGGUCAGAAAGUAAUGGAAUGUCAAUGUAUGUAAAUCUGCCGAUCUGUACAAUAAUAAACGUGUGGAGACACCA